UAGUAGCAGUCACUACUGUGCAGCCCUAGUAGGUAGUAGUAUACAUGGUUUACUCUCUUUCUCUCUCUCUCCGGGAAAACCAUAGCUUAGCUUGGGAUUUGGUGAAAAAAGGGGGUGUACAAAAGUGGCGCCCGUUCACUGCCGCCAGCGCAGUCGUCGAAUCUCAUUAAUCAUAAUUCCUGACCCGGCGGCGCGACUUCAGAGCGGGCCACUUUUUGCCUCUACAAAACUGUCCUUUCAAAAGUGCAACGAGGGUGCGGGGCGGAAGGAGGGUGGUGGUGCAAAUAAAAUAAUUAAUUUCGUGAAUAUUUCAUACCAGGAGUGGAGUGUGCAGUUCAAAAAGGCGGCGAAUUAAAUUAAAUCUGCGAUAAACAAGAAGAACCAUAAAACCGAGGCAAAAUGAAGAGCCUUGUGGUGGAUUCGUCGAGUGGGGGAACCGGAAGUGGCGGAAGUACCGAGGAUAUUAUUGCGAGAAGCGGCAGCGAUGCUAAAGUGACCUGGAUCGACACGGUCAAGUUCGUGGUGAACACCAUUACUCAUGUGCUCAUCGGCUUUGUGUUCAUCUACACGAUUUGGGUUUGCUGGAAGUAUGGUUUGGAGAAGAUCUUUGCGUGGCACGUAGUCCUCUGCAUGACCGGGUUCAAUUUGCUGAUGGCCGAGGCCAUCCUGCUCUUCUACUCCGGAAACACGUGGUCCCAGGUGAUGCUCCAUCCCCAACGCCGGACGGUCCACUGGAUUCUCCAGGUGGUCGGAAGCCUUUGCGUAAUCGUUGGCAUCGCACUGGAGUACUACUGGCGUGACAUCAACAACAAGCUGCACUUCCACGACACCCAUUCCAUUCUGGGACUGGUGGCGUUGAUUCUGAUGCUCCUCUCGAUGACCAAUGGAGUGGGAGCUCUGUUUUCGGUGGAACUCCGCCGUAAAAUUAAACCCGUUUACAUGAAGUUGGGGCAUCAAUUCGUUGGGCUGUGCUGCUUUGUCAUCGGAAUGGCUGCCCUCGUGCUGGGCUUCGAUAAGAAAAUCUUCCGCAACAAUUCGACUCCGGAGAUGCGGACCACGCUGCAGGUUUUUACGGUGCUGGUCAUUCUGACGAGUUCGCUGGGAGUCAUCCGGACGAUUCUGUCACAACUGAAGACACUGUUCCGAUAACGAAGAAUGACAUAGUUGGUAUUGAUAAUUUUAAAUAGUGAUGAAAAUGUUAUGAAUUAAAUAUGUUGUGCCAUAUAAAUAAUAAUGAAACAAAAGAUUGC